AUGCCUCCUGGAGUCGUCAUGGGCUUGGCCUGGACGAACCUAGGUGGUGCGACUCUCUUCAUUGAAGCCCGAGGGCGAAUGCUGAAAGGCUUGGACAUCGAGAUCAUCAGUGACAGUGUCAGUUUCCAGGAGGCCGAUCUUCCUCAAGAUAAGCCAGAGCCCACCACGCCGGAUGCCAACGAGGACGCAGAUCUCAGCUCCAUGCAGGUCACCGGCCAACUGGGGAGUGUCAUGAGCGAGUCCAGUAGCAUCUCGCUUACGUUCGCGCGGAUGUUUCUGCGAGAGCUGUCUCCCGAUAACUCCUACUUGGACAAGGCUCAGAUCCACUUGAAUGUCCCUGAGAUUGCCACUCCAAAGGAUGGACCAUCCGCGGGCGUGACCAUGGCAACCGCCUUGCUCAGUUUAGCCCUGGGUCGGCCAGUGAGGCCAGAUAUUGCGAUGACGGGCGAGCUCACACUCAUGGGCAAAGUUCUCAAGGUGGGCGGCAUCAAAGAGAAG